AUGGAGGUGGAAGCCAUACGAGAUGGGUUACUUUUGGCUAGAAGUUUAAAUCUGCAGCACAUCCUCAUCCACUCUGACUCUAGGAGUGUUAUUGCUUGCGUAAAUAGAGCUACAGCAGCGCCGGAUUGGGCUGUACGCUCAAUUGUUGAUUACAUUCGUUCUCUAUUGUCAUCUUUUGCUAAUGUUUCUUUUCAGUAUAUUCCCAGGACUGUAAAUAGGGAUGCCCAUAUUCUAGCAAAAGGGGCUGCAGUUUUGAAGCUUUCUAAGAAAUACAUGGCUUCUUUCCUAACUGUACCAAAAAGCUUUCAGUUGAUCCUGAUUUAUUCCCUUCUAGCUGAACUUCAUAGCCCCUGUGGUGCAGAUCCUCCCUAUCCUAUCUGUACAAUUAAAACCAAUUACACAGGCAAUAGGACAUUCCAUGAUAAUCUUAAAAACCUCUUUGAUUCCUUAUCCUCUAAUGCUUCUUCCCUUUCAGUCUCAGGCUUUUAUAACACUAGUGUUGGCAAUGUCCCAGACAGAGUGUAUGGCCUCUUUCUCUGCUUAGGAUUUGUCAGCCAAGACAAAUGCAAGACCUGUGUCGACGACGCAAUUCAGGACAUUCAGAGACGUUGUCCCAAUAACAAACAAGCAUCAGUGUGGGAAGAAUAUUGUCUGUUGAGAUACUCAGAUCGAAAUUUCUUUGGGAAGAUGGAUGACAGUGCACCUCUUAAUCAAACAAAUCCUUUAAACAUUACAGACCCACAUAAAUAUAGCCAAGCUGUGAAAGAGAUGAUGGGUGAACUCUCUAUUCGGGUUUCGAAUUCAGCACGCUUAUAUGCAGUUACAGAAAAUAAUUAUAGUGAAUCAGAGAAGCUAUAUGGUCUUGUGCAGUGUACCAUGGACUUAUCAAAUAUUGGUUGCCAAAGAUGCCUACAAAUUGCCAUAGGAGAGCUUCCUGAUUGCUGCUAUAAUCCUCUUGGGGCAAGACUUAUGAGUAGGAGCUGCUAUUUAAGGUAUGAGUUAUAUAAUUUCUAUGAAGGAGCAAUUGGACAUAAAUCUCCAUCAGUGUCCACAACUUAUGGUGAGUAUUUCAAAUUUUAUUUUCCUGUGUUGCUUUGGCUCCAACCAUAGCUAGAUUCAA